AGAUAGGGAAGCUCGAUUACUCUCAGGAGUCUCUAAAAUGACAGAUGAUGAGUCCUUAGGAGUACUAGAAUUAGCCACCGUAGAAGGAAGCCGCGCCAGUGCAUCCUUGGAUCGUGAAAGCACGAAGCGCGACGAUGAAGAAGAGGCAUUGCAGUGGGCAGCAAUUGAAAGAUUACCGUCAACAAAACGACUUAGAAUGUCGAUAAUGUCUGACAACGAAGGUGGUGAGGAUGGGGAGGCAAAAAGGGUUGUUGACCUUACCAAGCUUCGAGCAAUAGAACGGAGAGUUUUCAUCGAUAGAGUUCUGCAGAAAGUCGAAGAAGACAAUCACAGGUUGUUACAGAAGUUGAAAGAAAGAAUUGACAAAGUGGGUCUGGAACUGCCAACUGUGGAAGUUAGAUAUCAGAAUUUAUGUGUUGAAGCAGAAUGUGAAGUAGUUCAUGGAAAACCACUUCCCAGCCUUUGGAACAGCGUUAAAAGUUUGUUCUCUAAUUUGACAGAUAUUACUGGGUGCAAAUCUCAAGUUCACAAGAUUAAGAUUCUCAAGAACGUAUCCGGCAUCGUCAAACCUUCAAGGAUGACUCUAUUGCUAGGCCCUCCAGGCUGUGGAAAAACAACAUUGUUACAGGCACUUGCGGGGAAGCUUCACGAGUCUCUCAAGAGAACUGGAGAAAUCAGCUAUAAUGGUUACAAAUUCGACGAGUUUGUUCCUCAGAAAACAUCAGCAUAUAUAAGUCAAUAUGAUCAGCACACUUCUGAAAUGACUGUAAGGGAGACACUCAAUUUUUCAGCACGGUUUCAGGGUAUUGGAGGCAGAGCAGAUAUCAUGAAAGAAAUCAGCAGAAGGGAGAAGCAAGCAGGCAUUAUCCCAGAACCAGAUGUAGAUACUUACAUGAAGGCAAUUUCACUCGAAGGAUUAAAAAGCACUCUCCAGACAGACUAUAUAUUGAAGAUUCUUGGGCUGGAUAUUUGUGCUGACACAAUUGUGGGUGAUGCAAUGAGAAGAGGAAUUUCUGGUGGCCAGAAGAAACGGGUGACAACAGGGGAAAUGAUAGUUGGUCCAACAAGGGCUCUCUUUAUGGAUGAAAUAUCAAAUGGUUUAGACAGCUCCACAACCUUUCAGAUUGUUACCUGUCUGCAGCAGUUGACACACAUCACAGAGUGCACCACAUUGAUAGCGCUUCUUCAGCCAGCACCCGAGACCUUUGACCUCUUUGAUGACAUAAUCUUGAUGGCAGAAGGAAAGAUUGUAUACCAUGGGCCUCGGAAUAAUGUUUUAGAGUUCUUUGAGCAUUGUGGUUUCAGAUGUCCAUCACGGAAAGGCAUUGCAGACUUCCUUCAAGAAGUAGUUUCAAAGAAAGAUCAAGCACAAUACUGGUAUCUCAACCAACCACAGAAUUACGUAACUGUUGACAACUUUGCAAACAUGUUCAAAGAAUUUCCUGUUGGACAGAAGUUAGAUGAAGAACUCUCCAUGCCUUUAAAUAUGUCCAAGCGCCAUAAAGAUGCUUUAGUAUCCAAUAUCUACUCCGUGGGAAAAUGGGAAUUGUUCAAAGCAUGCAUGACAAGAGAAUGGCUACUUAUGAAGCGCAACUCAUUUGUUCAUGUGUUCAAAUCCGCACAGCUUGUAGUCGUUGCAGCAAUAACGAUGACAAUAUUCCUACGCACCUGGAUGAAAAUUGACAUGGUCCAUGCAACUUACUACAUGGGUUCCUUGUUUUAUGCACUCAUUAGACUUAUGACUAAUGGAAUUGCAGAAUUGUCCUUGACUGUAUCAAGACUCCCAGUCUUCUAUAAGCAAAGAGACUUCUACUUCUAUCCCGCAUGGGCUUAUUCCAUUCCAGCAGCCAUUUUGAAGAUUCCAUUUUCCUUCCUGGAUGCUUUUCUCUGGACAGCUAUUACCUAUUAUGUCAUUGGCUACAGUCCAGAACCAGAAAGGUUUUUCCGUCAAAUGCUUCUUCUUUUCCUUGUACACCAAGUAUCGGUAUCAAUGUUCCGUCUAAUAGCUUCAAUAAUUCGAAAUCCAUCUAUUGCAUCAAUCAGCAGUCUUUUCUGCUUAUCGGUUAUGUUCCUAUUUGGUGGCUUCAUAAUUCCAAAACCCUCUUUGCCUGUUUGGCUGGCAUGGUGCUUUUGGCUUUCACCGCUGUCAUAUGCUGAAAUAGGAUCGUCAGUGAAUGAAUUCCUUGCUCCAAGGUGGCAAAAGGUCUCAUCUUCAAAUACUACUUUAGGAGAGCAAAUUCUGAGGAAACGUGGUCUGUACUUCAAUGAUUACUUUUAUUGGAUAUCAAUAGGAGCAUUACUUGGAUUUUGGAUCAUUUUCAAUAUUGGAUUUACUUGUGCACUGAGUUAUUUGAAGCCUCCAGGGAGUUCUCAUAAGACUAUUUCUCAUGAACAACUCUCUAAUCGAAAAGGUUCAGAAAACACAAGCAGCAUAAUCGAAGGGAAAGAAUUAGCUCCUGCUCAUUUGCCAAAAUCUGUUGCAGAGACAGAAAAUACUGGAAUUGUCCUGCCUUUCAGACCUAUAACAAUAACAUUUGAGAAUGUGCAAUACUUUGUUGAUACUCCCAAGAAACUAAGAGAGCAAGGUUUUAAACAAAAAAGACUACAGCUUCUUCAAGAUGUUACAGGAACAUUUAGACCUGGGAUUCUCACAGCGCUGAUGGGGGUUAGUGGAGCUGGGAAGACAACCCUGAUGGAUGUUCUUUCUGGAAGAAAAACCAGUGGUAUGAUUACUGGCGAGAUAAGAAUUGGAGGGUAUCCCAAAGUUCAAUCCACAUAUGCCAGAGUAUCUGGUUACUGUGAGCAAAGUGACAUACAUUCUCCACAAAUUACAAUAGAAGAAUCAGUUGCGUACUCAGCUUGGCUACGCUUGCCAGCUCAGAUUGACAACCACACAAGAGCUGAAUUUGUUACAGAAGUUCUUCGGCUGAUUGGGCUUGACGGAAUCAAAGAUGCUUUAGUUGGCAUUCCUGGUGUCAGUGGAAUAUCAACUGAGCAGCGCAAACGCCUAACAAUAGCAGUUGAACUUGUUUCGAAUCCAUCCAUAAUAUUUAUGGAUGAACCAACUUCCGGUCUAGAUGCCAGAGCAGCAGCUAUUGUCAUGCGAGUUGUAAAGAAUAUUGUCAAUACAAGGAGGACGGUGGUUUGUACCAUACAUCAGCCGAGCAUUGACAUAUUUGAGGCAUUUGAUGAGCUUAUUUUAAUGAAAAGAGGAGGAAAGAUAAUAUAUUCUGGAGAGUUGGGUCGGCAUUCAAAUAAGCUUAUUGAAUAUUUUGAGGGUAUUCCAGGAGUGCCUAAAAUUAAAGAAAAUUAUAACCCAGCAACAUGGAUGUUAGAGAUCACUAGUACUUCUGCAGAAGCUCAACUUGGUUUAGAUUUCGCUCAGCUCUACACUGAGUCUUAUCUCUUCCAAAAAAACGAAGAACUAGUCAGAGAACUGAGCGUACCAGAACCUGGUUCAAUUGAACUAAACUUUUCUAUGCGCUAUCCACAAAAUGGACUGGAGCAAUUCAAGGCAUGCCUCUGGAAGCAAAACCUCUCCUACUGGAGGAGUCCCAGAUACAAUUUGGCUCGCUUGAUUUUUGCUAUGGGAUCUUCUGUGUUAUUUGGAGCAAUUCUCUGGCAGAAAGGACAGAAGAUACAUGAUGAGCAAGAUCUAUUCAAUGUUUUGGGAUCAAUGUUCAUUCUCUUGCAAUUUAUGGGAGUAGCCAAUUGUUCAUCUGUCCUACCAUUCAUAGCCACUGAGCGCAUUACUGUAUACCGAGAACGGUUCGCUGGAAUGUAUUCCUCAUGGGCUUAUUCAUUAGCACAGGUGACAGUAGAAAUUCCAUAUGUAUUCCUUCAAGCAGUGUUGUUCUCAGCAAUUACGUAUCCAGCAAUAAAUUUCAUCUGGUCAAUCUACAAGAUAUUUAAGUAUUUCUACACAAUGUUUUGUACAUUGUUAUUCUUCACAUACUUUGGGAUGUUGCUUGCCUCAUUAACCCCAACUUUCCAAGUGGCUUCAGUAUUUGCAAGUUUCUUCUACACCCUGUUGAAUCUGUUUUCAGGAUACCUCAUACCUAGACCGCAAUUCCCAAAAUGGUGGGUUUGGGGUUAUUGGAUUUGCCCAAAUGCCUGGUCCCUAAAAAAUCUCCUAACAUCACAAUAUGGAGAUAUUGACAAGGAAGUCUUAGUUUACGGAGAACGCAAACCAAUCAGCACUUUCUUGAAAAGUUAUUACGGAUAUGACUACAGCGACCUAUGGAUAGCAUCAGUUGUUCUUCUCGCAUUUCCGCUUGCUUCUGCAUUUGGCUUUGCAUAUGCUAUAGCAAAAGUUAACUUUCAAAAAAGAUAAAGAAAAAAUCUAUGACAUACAAAUUUUCAAAUUCCAUGGUAUCUAUUUUUAGUAUUGAGCUAAUCUUCUGAAAUCCUAAUGCAUUCACUGUCUAACUUUUGCACAAAGGAAUAAAAUCACAGCAUCUAAGUAUGGUGAUAGAGACUAAUAGAACCGCACCACCUUAAAAUAUCAAAGAAAAAUCUCUCCAUAAGCAUACUAACAGUCAGAGAAAUAAUAACAAUGAGACCCUCCUGUUCUGAUGAAUACUAACAUAAUGAUUGAAACCUUAGGCUUUCAACGCUUGCUUAGGUACAUUGUCAUUAAAGAUGUUAAAGUGGUGAUUUGUUAUAUCUUAUAUGAACAAACGAUGAACAUGGUCUAUUCAACAUUCAUUCCUUUUUCUCUGCCUUCUACCCUUUCUUUUCUGAAUGCGACCUUUAAUUUUGGAACAACUAUGAAUAUUAGAUUUUUAAAUUAUCAGGGCAUCUUAUUACGCAUAAUUUUUAAAUCAGACACUAACUACAGUUGGUCAAUUACUUAACUGAUAAUUUUCUUUUUUGAGUGAAAUUUACUGAUAAAUUUACUUAUUCAAAGGCUUCACUUGGACUCGCUAUGUCCAAACUGAAUUAAGUUGAAAUGAUGUAAAAGUUAAAAACAGUAGACAUAAUUUUUGUACUCCAAUACAUUUCCAUCCCUUGACUUGUUCCCGUAGCACCUUUAAGUUUGAUACCCUUUUUUAUUGUUCUUGAUUUUCACAUACUUGACAAGUUAUCCUUCUACCUUCUUCAACAUCUUUAUCAUGCUCUUUGCUUCAUCUUUCACCUUCUUCUCAUUUUUCUCAAGCCUCCCUAAAUCUUUCUCUUCGUCACAAACGUGCUCUCAAUCAAUGUCAAGCGGCACAAAUGUGGAAUAAGACCUCUCUUAUGCUUUCUGUUCAUCUACCUUACCAUUCACAUUACCAAAUGGUCCUGUAGUGUACUCUAAUCUCAACAUCACUAAUCUACCAACAACAGGACAUGCUCUAGUAACUAUAAACCAGUUGAAUUAGAUGAAUCAAAGAUAUUGGUACCAUAAUCAAGAACACUAAGAAAAUGAAUAGGCUCAACAAUAAUGGAGCAUUCCAUGAAAUACACAGACAGCAGUCAAGAUUAUCAAUCAAAUUUACAAAAGGUAAAGGAUAUGAACAUCAAAUUCAUGGAUGCCAGUCUCUACAUGGAAUGCACAAAUAUUCUGAUGACUUUACUAAUACCUGUCAAACACUACCAAACCCCUACAGUACCAGAAAAAACCUUCAUCACGCAAAGAAAAUUUA